AUGUCUCCAGCAGUAUUCGUUGGAUAUGCUGCGCAAAUUUGCCUUCUGGCCACACUCUUCUACGCGGGAUGGACAAUAACUUGGAACCGCUACCUCCACCCAUUGAGCAACUACCCAGGCCCCCUUCUCUCAACAAUCUCUCGAAUCCCAUACAUGAUCGCCUACACACAGGGUCGCCUCCAUCUCUAUGUGCGCAACCUUCACGACCGAUACGGUGACGUCGUCCGCAUUGCCCCUGAUGAGCUGAGCUAUCGUGACGAGCAGGCCUGGAAGGACAUCUACGGCCGCUCGAGCAAUUUCGCCAAGGACAUGCGCUUCUACCAGUCAUCGAAGAAAGCGGCGAGUAUUGCUGUCGCGCCUGAGGUAAUCCACCGACGGCAAAAGAAGGCUAUUCUGCGUGCGUUCUCGGAUUCGGCGUUGAGAGAUCAUGAACGGGUUCUGCAGCCUUAUAUUGAUGCGCUGAUUGAAAAGUUGGGGCAGGAGUGCGUCGGGAACGGGGAGGGGAAUGGGUAUGUGGAUCUGGCGAAAUGGUUCAAUUACGUUAUAUUUGAUUUCAUGGCGCACGAGCUGUUCGGGAAGCCACUUGGGUGUCUUGAGGAAGCUAGCUAUCAUCCAUGGGUGGAAAUGCUCUUUGGCACGGUCAAGGCUUGGGCGUUUCUUGCCAUCCCGAAGUACUUUUCAUCUGCUGCGAUGCUACUUAAGCCUCUCGUGCUCUUCCUAUGUCGGGACUCGCUGGGACAUCGCGAUACGAAGGUUCGUGCUCUCUCCGUGCACAUACCUAAUGGGAACGAGCAGAAGAAACCGGUCUUUAUGAGUCAUGUUCAGAACAGCAGUCACAAUGACUCCGGAACAGUCUUAUUGCCGGACGAAAUGCUACCAAAUUACAGCUUUCUGAUGAUGGCCGGGAGCGAAACGACUGCUACACUGUUGUCCGGGUGCACGUUCUACCUCCUAAAGCACCCACAUUCAUACCAACGGCUUACCUCCGAAGUGCGACAACACUUUUCAGCGCCCACUGAGAUAAUCUUUCCAUCGCUAGCAGCGCUUCCAUAUCUUCACAGCGUCAUUACAGAGACAUUGCGGUUGUAUCCGCCAGUGCCACUGGGCAUGCCGCGUAUAAUCCCGGCGGGUGGCGCGAUGAUUGCCGGGCGAUAUGUUCCGGAGAAGACAAUCGUCGCCGUCCCGUCAUGGGCUACGUCGCGAUCACCAGCAAACUUCUCUAACCCAGACCAAUUCAUUCCAGAGCGAUGGCUGAACGAUCCGCCAUGUACGAACAACGAUAGGAAGGCCGCGAUCCAGCCUUUCUCUUUAGGCCAAAGAGGCUGUCCUGGCAAGAGCAUGGCGUACAUGGAAGCAGGGCUGAUCCUUGCGCGCAUCCUGUGGAGCUUUGAUCUGCAUUUUGCGCCAGGGUGUCAUGGGUGGGAUGAUCAGCGGGCGUUUCUGAUUUGGGAGAAAGGGCCUCUUUUCGUGAGAUUGACGCUGAGGGACUGA